AUGUACAACACAGAUGAAUGUAAAGAUAAAAAGGUUUGUGGUCUUAAUGCAUCAUGUACAAACACACCAGGCAGUUAUUACUGCGUCUGCAACGCUGGCUAUGCACUGAAAUCUGGAAAAUCUAGCUUUUCUGGGCAGGAGGAGCAAUGUGAAGACAUAUGUAAGAUUGAUGAGACAAUUUGUGGAAAUGGAUCCUGCCUCCAUGAAGCCAGCGGCCAUUACUGUGCGUGCUCUGCAGGAUUUAGUAACUACGGCAACAAAACGGCCCGUUGUACCAAGCUUAACUGUGGUGUUUUCAAGGACGUGAACAAUCUUAUGGAGACAUUUUUCAUUGUUCAAGAUGAUUUGAGGCAAUUGAGUGAAAGUUGUCUGAAGCUCUCGGGAAGUAAAGAUUCAAAGGAUCUCAAUGGAGAAGUCUUUCUAAAGAGUCUGCUCACUGUGAUCGACCAGCUCCUGUCUGCUGGAUCUCUCAGUGACAACAAGAAAGUCUCUACAUUUCUAGACAUGGUGGAACAAGCUCUAAGAUUCAUUGGACCUUUUAUUAAAACACCACUAACUAAAAGAUCUAUCAAUCACACAGAACUGGAGCUGCUGGUACAUACUGGGUCGGCUAGACCCCAAGGAUUAAAGACUCUGUUGUCUAAACAUGCUAAAGUGGAUAUAAAGAUGAAGGAAGCUGCAGGAGAUCCCUCAUCUUAUCCGGGAUUUACAGCAAUGUUCUUGCUGAUUUAUUCAAACCUGGAAAAAUAUGCAAAUAUUUUCUUGAGUGAGAUGAAAAAGAAUAAGAGCCAGGAAUUUAAGAUAAACUCCAAAGUGGUGACUGUCAGUGUCAGCAACACAGACACAAAACACCUGAACGAACCGGUCAAUAUAACUUUAUAUCAUCUUGAUCAGUCAAAUCAAACCGCCCACACCUGUGUGUUCUGGGAUUCCUCUAAGGAAGGAGGUGCAUGGUCUGAUCGCGGCUGUAGCGUGGCGGAGUCCAACCCAGAAUACACUAUGUGUUCCUGUAACCACCUGGGCAGCUUUACUGUGCUCAUGGACUUCAAUGACAUAGAGAGCCCUUUUGAGUUGCAGCUGUUCUCCUGGAUAGGCCUAUCGCUUUCAUUAAUUUGCCUGUUCCUCUGCAUCCUGACCUUCUCAAUGAUCCGGUCCAUCAAAAGCCCAAGAACAACCAUCCACCUGCACCUCUGCAUCAGCCUCUUUAUUGCAACCCUUGUCUUUCUCGCAGGCAUCUCUCAGACACAGAACAAGGUUGGCUGUGCAGUAGUUGCAGGGAUGCUGCACUUCUUCUACCUGGCCUCCUUCUGCUGGAUGUGUCUGGAGGGAAUCCAGCUCUUCAGGAUGGUGGUCCUGGUCUUCAACACCAACUUUAAAACCAGCUACAUGAUGGCAGGGGGCUACGGAGUCCCGGCUGUAAUUGUUGCUGUCACUGCGUUGGUCAAGGCUAAUAGAUAUGGAACUAAAAAAGUAUGCUGGUUGAACCUGGAUUACGUUUGGAGUUUCAUUGGUCCUGCUUUUGUUUCCAUUAUUAUAAACACAUUCCUUUUCCUUAUCACUGUGUGGAAGUUGGCACAGAAGUUUUCGAGUUUAAACCCAGACCUGGACAGCUUGCAAAAAAUAAAAGCUUUUGCUGUUACUGCGGUCGCUCAGCUGUGCAUACUCCGCACCAUGUGGAUGUUCAACAGUUUCCACCUGAAAAGAGAUGAUGCCUCCAUCUACUAUCUGUUCACCAUUUUCAGCCUUCAGGGUGUUUUGCUUUUUAUUAUGCAUUGUCUGUUUUCAAAACAGGUGAGGGACGAGUAUGGAAGCUUUUUUUCUCGAUGUUCAGCUUGGAAAAGGAGUCAAACACAUGCAUCCAGACAAACCAUGGACACAGGAGAGCCUAACAUUAGGAAAAGAACCCAUAACCUGUAGCUAAAGUUCAGAAGACUGAUAGUUCGAACAAUUAACAUUGGUUCUGUACUUCAUCAUAGAGUAAACAAGCAAGUAUAUUUUG